AGACCCCACGGGGGCUCGGGGUUAUCUAGUUUCAGUUCUGCGGGAAUCAUGCCCUGGGGGCGUCCGCAGCCAAGAAAGAGAAGCGAAGGAUCAAAAGACUCCACCUGUAGCAAAUGGAUUUGGGUUAAACAGCCUAGGAUGCAAGUCCUGUGAGGACGUCUCCAAAAUGCCCAGGCAGCAGAGCUGCGCGUAGGCAAAGGUAUGCGCUCCAGUGUCCCUCCGGGCGUCUCAUCCACUGCCCCCGAGUGGCGGACGGGGAGGCAGAGGCUCGUGGGGCGGCAGUAAACCGAUGCCUGCAAGCCCUGGGCCAUCAAAAACUGCCCAAGGGAUCGAGGGAAAGGGCGCUCAGCCGCUGCGUUUCCCAGAAGCGCAGCCCAGAAACUUUCCCAGCCCGGCCCACAGGUUGUUAGAGGGUCAGGCCCAAAGGACCCGCCUUUCCCAGCCCGAGGCCCCGCAGGACAGGACGAAGGUGGUUCCCCAAGGUCACGUUAGCUUCCGUGCCCCUAAAAGCCCCGAUUAGGCAGGGCUCAUGCAAGAAGAAAGUUAAGGACGCGCCAACCUCUGGGACGCACGCAGCGCCGCUCUGAGAACAGCUGCCACCGCCGGCCCAGCGCGCCCGAGUCCCGCGGAGCCAUGGCCCUGGGCGGCCCCGGCCGGAGCCCCGAGCUGCCGAGGCUGUCGCCGCUGCUCCUCCUGCCUCUGCUGCUGCCCUUGGCCGCCGCGCGGCGGCCCAGCGCACCCGGAGUUCACUAUGCAACUGCAUACUGGGUACCCGACACAAAGACAGUAGAAGUCAAAGAUGUCCUGGACAAGAAUGGGGAUGCAUAUGGCUAUUACAAUAAUUCUAUGAAAACCACUGGCUGGGGCAUCCUGGAGAUCAAAGCUGGGUAUGGCUCUCAGGACCUGCACAAUGAGAUCAUCAUGUUUGUGGCUGGCUUUUUAGAGGGUUACCUCACUGCCCUACACAUGAAUGACCACUUCACGAAUCUCUACCCUCAGAUGAUCAAGAAACCAUCUAUCAUAAGUCAAGUACAGGACUUUAUGAAGAAGCAGGACACGUGGACUCGGGAAAACAUCAAAGCAAACAAGAAUGACUCGUUUUGGAGACACACAGGCUAUGUUAUGUCACAACUGGAUGGGCUUUAUGUAGGAGCCAGGAAGAGGGCUACAGCAGAAAAUAUAAAGCCCAUGAGCAUGUUUCAGAUUCAGUUUCUGAAUGCGGUUGGAGACCUGCUGGAUCUGAUUCCCUCUUUCUCUUCCACAAAAGACACUAGCACGAAGUUCUUUAAGAGAUGGGACAUGGGACAUUGCUCUGCUCUUAUUAAGGUUCUUCCUGGAUUUGAGAACAUCUAUUUUGGUCACUCAAGCUGGUACACAUACGCAGCCAUGCUCAGGAUAUACAAACACUGGGACUUCAACAUCAAAGAUGAAGACACCAGCAGUAGCCGCCUCUCUUUCAGCAGUUACCCAGGGUUUCUGGAGUCCCUGGAUGACUUUUACAUUCUUAGUAGUGGUUUGAUAUUGCUGCAGACCACAAACAGUGUGUAUAAUAAAACCCUACUAAAGCUGGUGACACCCGAGUCUCUCUUGGCUUGGCAAAGAGUUCGUGUGGCCAAUAUGAUGGCAGAUGGCGGCAAGAGUUGGGCAGACAUCUUUUCAAAAUACAACUCUGGCACCUAUAAUAAUCAAUAUAUGGUUCUGGACUUGAAGAAGGUGAAGCUGAAUAAGAGUCUUGACCGAGGCACACUGUAUGUUGUGGAGCAAAUUCCUACAUAUGUAGAAUAUUCUGAACAAACUGAUAUUCUACGAAAAGGAUACUGGCCUUCCUACAACGUUCCUUUCCAUGAAAAAAUCUACAACUGGAGCGGCUACCAGCUAUUAGUUCGCAGGCUGGGUUUGGACUACUCUUAUGACUUAGCUCCACGCGCCAAAAUCUUCCGGCGGGACCAAGGAAAAGUGACUGAUAUGGCAUCCAUGAAAUAUAUCUUGCGAUACAACAAUUAUCAAGAGGACCGUUACAGUAAGGGUGAUCCCUGCAGUACCAUCUGCUGCCGUGAGGACCUGAAUGAAGCUAACCCAAGUCCUGGAGGCUGUUAUGACACGAAGGUGGCAGACAUCUACCUAGCAUCGGAAUACACAGCCCAUGCCAUUAGUGGUCCCACUGUCCAAGGUGGCCUCCCUGUUUUUCGCUGGAACCGUUUCAACGAAACUCUCCAUCAGGGCCUGCCAGAGGUCUAUGACUUUGACUUUAUUACCAUGAAACCGAUUCUGAAACCUAAUAUAAAAUGAAGGAGGGAGGUGAGGGAACAGAAACAGCUAUAAAGAUACCAAAGACCCUUACUUUAGCUAUGUUUUUUUUCCAUUCGAAUAAAAUAAAUUCAGUUUGUCACUUUCAA